AGAGUGUGUCAUUAUUUCUUUCUAGACUUCCCGGAUUCUGGGCCAACCAUUAAGAGCGAGCGGCAACAAUAUCAGGUGGGCGAAACGGCCCAUUUAACGUGUAUGGCUCAACAAUCCAGUCCACCAUCCCAAUUGGCAUGGUACAUCAAUGGAGAACCGGCCAAUGAGGCAUACACGCGCUCAGUGCCGAUCAGAGAUGGGGUACAAGCUCUAGAGCUCAUAUUUCCCGUGACCAGCAACCACUUCGAGAAGAACAAGAAUCUGGUUACGUUGAAGUGUCUGGCGAGCAUCUCCAAUUUCUAUUGGAUGAGUGACGAGGUCCAACUUCUGCAAGAGAAGCCCAAAUACGCGUCCGUCAUGGAGAAUGGCGGCUCAUCCAACGACAACAGCCCAGUGGUCAAAUCGUCCGCCUCGGCCGCAGCCAGUAGUGAUGGAUUAACCGGAGCCGAUCUUGUGUCAUCAUCCUCAACUUCGUCGGCCUUCCAAGCGCGACCUUGGCUGACCUUAUAUGGCCUCAUCGCCACCUCAAAAGCCACCCGGGAUCUAUUCUCAUUCUUCCACAGCCAUUUUCGCCGCGUGGACUCGCUUCAACCAUGAAAUCUGGCUGUCAGACCACAAAAUUGACUCAUUUAUAAAAUCUCAAGGCUGUGAUUGACUCCGGAAAAG